AAGCCCCAAAAAGUGAUGGGCUUUGUAUAUUAAAGAAGCUGAAAUCUUCAUCUUCCACACUACCAACUCAACACUGCUUUUUUCUCACGUUUUUUUUUUUUUUUUUCACCAGGCGUUUUGUUUCUUGAAGGCAUUUUGCAAUGGAUGUAAAAAAUGGACUGGGAGUUCCACAAGAAACACUGGAUGCAGAAGUGAAAUCGUUCUUUGAAUCCGCUCCUCCUCUUCAAAACAGGGACGAUAUCAGUGGAAAAUUGGAGGAAUUUGUUGAGAGGAAUUCGGCAGUGUCAGGAAAUGGAAGAGGUAGGAGGGUUGUGUGCGUGACAUCUGGUGGCACCACGGUUCCUUUGGAGCAACGGUGUGUUCGCUACAUUGAUAAUUUCAGCUCAGGCCAUAGAGGAGCAGCAUCCACGGAGAAUUUUAUUAAGGCCGGAUAUGCAGUUAUCUUUUUAUAUCGCAGGGGAACCUACCAGCCUUACUGCAGAUCUCUUCCAGAGGAUCCCUUAGUUGAAUGUUUUGAGAUCACUGAUGAGUCAAAUAUUCAAGUGCGCCAGUCACAUGCUGAAGCAGUGAAGAAGGCCAUCACUGAGCAUCAUGCUGCAGUUGCAGAAGGCCAUCUGUUAAAACUUCCCUUUACAACCAUAUUUGAGUAUCUUCAGAUGCUACAAAUGAUUGGAGUUUCAAUGAGUCGUCUUGGGGCAAAUGCAAUGUUUUAUCUUGCAGCUGCAGUUUCUGACUUUUAUGUUCCGUGGAAGAACAUGGCAGAGCACAAGAUACAGUCAGCAUCUGGUCCUUUGGAUAUGCGACUGGUUCAAGUGCCAAAGAUGCUCUCGGUGCUUAGGAAAGACUGGGCUCCCUUGGCCUUCUGCAUAUCUUUCAAGCUGGAGACAGAUGCAAAAAUUCUUUUAGAGAAGGCUGAUGUGGCUCUUAAAAAGAACAAGAUGCAUAUGGUUGUGGCAAAUGAGCUUUCAAACCGCAACGAGGAGGUUGUGGUUGUUACAGCUAAUGAAAAGAUAUCAGUUCGCCGGGACAAGACGCAGGUUGGUGAUGAUGUUGAGAAUCACCUGAUACGACUUCUUGUGGAGAGACAUUCAGCUUAUCUUGAGAAUCCUGACGACCUUUGAUAUGUUGUAGGCCUAACAGCUUCAGAUAGAUGAUGCAUACAACACCACAAGUUUACCCAGAAACUUGCCUUUCUGCCUCACCUAAGCUUUCCUUCUUUGCCUCGUCUUAGUUUUUACAGUGUUGUUUGGUUUAUCUGAUAUACUUGCUUUUUUUGAGCCAGAAAAAUAGAAGUGUUCAAGAAUGAUAGGGAGAUUAAGGCAAAAAUUGUACUCACUCAAUAGCUUAUUUGUUUGGAAGAACUGUGAAUUUAAAGUGAAUAAAAAGCUGUUGUCUUGAAUUUUUAGUGAAUAAACCUUCAUCUCUUACAGUU